AUGAGAACUUGCGAGUUGGGAUUAGUUUUUGGCACCACCAUUGGAGUAGGAGUUGGUAUUAUUUUGGCCAUGGCUAUUGCAUGGUACAUUAUGUACCGAAAGAAACGUUUCGAUCGAUCUCAUGAUACGGAAAAGGUUGGUCCAAGGGCUGACAAUCACCCCAUCCGUAUUCAUGGAUCAGAUUCCAGCACAGUAUUGUCGGAUUCUAACCAUAGUCGAGAUUCCCCUAGGACAUCUGAAUGGAGUAACAUGCCCCAAUGGUUAGAAGGGCUUCGGAGGAAGAGUGUGGCAUCCGCAUGCGGCAUACCAAAAUACUCUUACAAAGAGCUACAAAAAGCCACAUGGAAUUUUACGACGAAUAUAGGUGAAGGGGCAUUUGGUCCUGUUUAUAAAGCUCAAAUAACAACUGGUCAGACAGUUGCUGUUAAAGUGCUUGCUACUGAUUCCAAGCAAGGUGCAAUGGAAUUCCUUACUGAGGUUCUGUUGCUUGGAAGAUUACACCAUAGGAACCUCGUGAACUUGAUGGGGUAUUGUGCUGAAAGAGGACUGCAUAUGCUUGUUUAUGUUUAUAUGAGCAAUGGAAGCCUUGCCUCCCAUUUAUACAAUGAAAAACUUGAGCCUUUGACCUGGAAUCUGAGGGUACAGAUAGCUCUAGAUGUGGCAAGGGGUUUGGAAUAUCUUCAUUAUGGGGCUGUUCCACCAGUAGUGCACCGGGACAUCAAAUCGUCGAAUAUUUUGUUGGAUCACUUCAUGAAAGCUAGAGUAGCUGACUUUGGGAUUUCAAGGCAGGAGAAGAGUGCUUUGCAUUCUUCAUCUGAUAUUAAAGGAACUUUCGGUUACGUAGACCCAGAAUACAUAUCUACAUCAAUUUUUACUAAGAAAAGUGAUGUUUACAGUUUCGGGGUUCUCCUAUUUGAACUAAUGAGUGGCAAGAAUGCACAGAAGAAUCUCAUGGAAUACGUAGAGUUUGUGGCUCUUGGUGUAGAGGACAAUGAAGGGUGGGAAGAGAUUGCAGACCCUAGACUUGAAGGAAAAUUUGAUGUUCAACAACUAAAUUUUAUGGGUGGUCUUGCUUAUAAUUGUGUAAAUCCUGUUUCAAGAAAAAGGCCCUCAAUGAGGAAGAUUGUGUUGGCACUGUCCGAGAUUCUUAAGCCGAGGAACUCGGAAACCUACCGGGUUAUAACAGAAGAAACUACUUUUGAACUGGACUUACAAGGGACUUUUGAUUCUUCCUUAACUGAAAGAUGA